UGGAGCUGAUAGCCCGGUGUGAUGAGGCGCACUGCCUGCUCUGUUCUCCGGUUAUCGGUAACUGUGUGUGUCUUGUUACAGGCGACGGGGAGUGACCGGCUGGCCGGGGCUGGGCUGGUGGCAUUCAGCGCUGUAUUGUUCCUGUAUUACACCCUGUGGGUCAUCUGCCUGCCAUUUAUUGACAGUGACCAUGUGAUCCAUUCCUUCUUCCUUCCCCGUGAGUACGCGGUGCUGCUGCCCCUGUCCGCCGGGCUCAUCCUGCUGCUUCUCAUGGGUGUCUUUGUGACGUUUAUCAUGUGGAAAAGUCGGAAUCCUAAAAAGAAGACGCAGUGAUGAGAACAAGUCUCCAGACCUUUCUUAUGUGACCCGAACUCCAGCAACAUUCCUGAGACCAACGGGGGUCAUCCGUCAUAUGGCAUCACGUCUACCAGUGUCGCUCUGAUCAUGGAUUCUACAUACCAUGGCCCAUCACAUAAUAUACUACCACAGUGUUUUCCAACCAGGGUGCCUCCAGCUGUUGCAUAACUACAACUCCCAGCAUGCCCGGACAGCCGAAGGCUGUCCGGGCAUGCUGGGAGUUGUAGUUUUGCAACAGCUGGAGUCACCCUGGUUGGAAAACACUGCACUACCAGCUUAUUGUUAUCAGAUACUGCCACCUGGUGUCUGAACUGUAUUAUGGCAGGUGCAGAUUUAACGCUUUUGUUUCUGACCCCCGAUAUAAGCCUUUAGUUAUUGGACAUGGUGCAUUUUGGCUUUUUGCUUUAUGACCCCUACAUAUAUUGGUUAUUAUUGGAAACAUUCAGUAUAUAAGUUAUUGAUCAUUGUGUAAAUGAAAGAAAAACCAGAAUGUACCAUUAUAGUUCUCAUUGAAUUACUCAUCCACAUCAUUGUACAUAAUUGCACCCGCUGAUGCCAUAGAUCCCUAGUGAAUUCAUGGGCAGCAUAAAGACACAUUAUAGAUGGACGUAUAGCAGGAGUUGCCCCCCCCCCCCCCUGUCUGCAGACCACUGGGAUACCUGGUAGGGAAAUUGUAACUUAACCAAUGCAUUUGUUAAUAAAGAAUUCAUUUUUUUUAUACUGUA